AUGCGUGCCACAGAAAUUCUCGCGAUCGCCACUCUUGGCCUGGCAGGCUCUAGCUCUGCAUUCUCUCCCUCUAGAUACGGAGAUCUUGAAGCCCGCGACGAGCAUCAACUACGGGUUGCCUACCAACGCAGCUUAGAUGGGCUUGAGACCCGCCAACCAGCUCGUCUGAAGAUUGGUAUCAUGGAUUCAAAGAAAUUGGAGAAGCUGAGAAAGUCUGCGAAGAAGAAGACGACUAAGCCUAAAGGAUCCAAGUCUAGGUCCAAGUCUAAGAAGCCAAAGAAAAAUGCAAACAAGAUCAAGAUCAAGGGAAAAGCUGGUCUUAGGACUGGCAAAGGGGGUGGAGAUGGCACGAGUACUGCCUAUGGAAAUGGCGACGGGAUCCCCAGCACUGCCUACAACCGCAGGUCGAUUGAGCUCGAGACCCGUCAGCCAAUGCCUCUCAAGAUUGGUAUUAUGGACAAAGAGAAAUUGGAGAAGAUGAAAAAGGCUAUGAAGAAGCCAAAGAAAACAACCGAUUCAAAGAAGGCGAACGACUCGAAGAAGCCGAAGAAGUCAAAGAAAAAGGUAACCCUCAAGAAAGUUGCUGGUACCAGGACUGGCAAGAAGGGAACUUUCAAGGACGGUUCCUCUACUGCCUAUCAAAAUUAA